AAUUAAUUCACACUCAAAAAUGAGUCACGGGCAAAUGGACCUGAGUCACCGACAAAUGGACCGCGACGACGAGGAUGACUAUUACAUGGAAGACGAGCAGGUCGCGGACUUCGACGAGGAGGAUGACGGCCGGGGAAGCGGUGGAGGCAGCAGGAAGCGCAGAAGAUCUGGUUUCAUUGAUGAGGAGGUAGACGAGGAUGAUGAGGAGGUGGAUGAUGAGGAGGAGGAUGACGAGGAUUUUGAUGCCCGAGGCGGUCACAGGCGGCAGUACAAGAAGGUUUCCGCUUCUAAAUUUUUUGACGAGGAGGCCGUGGUGGAUAGCGAUGAGGAAGAGGGCGAAGACGACUUCAUUGUUGAUGGUGGAGCCGAUCUACCAGAAGAAGAUGAUGGGAGAAGGAUGCGGAAUAGGCGAAUGCUGCCACAUCACCAAGAAGAUCAUGAAGAUCUUGAAGCUGUGGCCAGAAGCAUCCAGGAACGUUAUGGAAGGCGCCUAAAGGAUUAUGAUGAAGAAACAACAGAUGUAGAACAACAAGCUCUUUUGCCGUCUGUGAGAGAUCCGAAGCUUUGGAUGGUGAAAUGUGCAAUUGGACGCGAAAGGGAAACAGCCGUUUGCCUCAUGCAAAAGUACAUAGAUAGAGGAUCUGAAUUGCAAAUAAGAUCAGCUUUUGCUCUUGAUCAUCUCAAAAACUUUAUAUACGUGGAAGCAGAUAAAGAAGCCCAUGUCAGAGAGGCUUGCAAAGGUCUACUCAAUAUAUUUGGCCAAAAAAUAACUCUUGUCCCAAUCAGAGAAAUGACUGAUGUUCUGUCAGUUGAAAGCAAAGCAAUUGAUCUUGCUAGAGAUACUUGGGUUAGAAUGAAGAUCGGGACAUAUAAAGGGGACCUUGCCAAA